GGGGCAAAAUAUAAACAUGUUUCAACGUUUAUUUGUUUUACUGUUCAUUACUGCAGUGCUAUCUGAACCAGAAUGUUCUAAAUUUCACUAUGAGGAACAAACUUUAAACAAAAUGAUUCGACAGGAAAUAGCCAUGGAAAAACUGCAGACGGAUAUGGCGUCAACUCAGCAGCAAGUGAUUGAUGCCCUAGGAAAGUUGACAGAAACAACCCAGCAGUUAAGAGACGACUGGAAUAAUGAAAGGACAAAUUUGAAACGUGUAACUAACGAGUUGAUGGAAGAAAACAAUAAAAGUGUUAGGAACUUUGCUGCUGAAAUAGAAAGACUGAAAGGACAUUCAGUCAUAUUUAGAAGUAAUGACAUAGCAGACUUAUCACCGACCUCAGGUAAAACGUUUGUGUUUAAGACGACAUCUUUGAACCAAGGUCUCGGCUAUAGUAACAGGACAGGGAUAUUCACAGCACCUGUAGCAGGAACAUACAUGUUUUCAAUCCAGUUAUGUGUAGAAGGAAGUCAUGAACUAUUUUACGCACUAGUUGUGGAUAAUGAAAAUAUAAAAAUAGGAUCGUUCUAUGAUACCAGAAUAACUACUUGUUACAAUACAGACACUGUUGUUGUUUUAGCAAAAUAUUCAAACGUGCAGGUAAAAUGCUUGGCAUCUCCAUGUCGAUUACACAGUUCCGGCGUAUACUGGAAUACAUUUUCAGGUGUACUUUUGAAGUCAUAGACGACUUUUAUUUUGAAAGCGGAACGUGACGUUUACAUGUAUUAUAAUUACAUCAUUUCAUAAUUUUCAUUAUAGUGUUAAGACGAUUAUAUCACUAAUAUUUUUGUACAGUAUUAAUCAGAGUGUAUCGAAAUAUGAACAUGUAACAUAUUUCUUUUGUUUCAUGUCAAUUACAGCUCCAGAUGUCAAUCCCUGUCCAGUGCCUUUACUAAUAUUUUACUUUAAAUUGGCUUUCUUAUUUUACAUCGAUUUCAUAUAACAAAUGUAUCAUUUUUCAUGGACACUUAUUUAUGUAUUGUUCUUUUACCUAACAUUUAAACGUUCGAAUCGAUUUUAUUUCAAAACCAAUUACAAAGAUACAGGAUUUUAAUGCCAAGAAUCUCUCAUUUAUACGUGAAUCAUGGGACAUAUUAUUGAUGUAAAUUAUUGUUGUCUAUAUUUCACGCGAGUAAUAAAAAUGUUACUUUACUUACAUUUAUUUCAAUGUAUUUCAUUGAUAUAAAUAAUAUGGCAUAACCGGUUACACUUAGUAAAUAAUAUAGAACAGAUGAAAUAUAUAAUGAGAAAAACUGUGCAUUCCCGUUGUCAUAUUCAUAGUCAUAUCCAGAGAUUGUUUUUUUUUUUUAAAUGUCUUUCUGUUAUUAAAUACAAACGUAUUAUUUAUUGUAGAAUACUGAAUAAAACAAUGUCGAACAAAUUAUUUAAUGUUAAAUUACAAAAUAUAGAUAAUUUCGCGCAUGCAUUACCCUCUUUAACAGAAUUUAGUCUAUUGUCCUUUCAAUGUAGGUUCUUUUGUACGAUAUAUAUAUAAUUGUAAUAAAACGCUUGUAUGCAUUACUGCCAUUAUUUGUUUUAUUGACAACGAACUGUUCAACGUAUAUUAUUGACCACGAUGUUCUGCUGUGUUUGAUUU